CCCCUAGUUCCUCCUCCCCCUCCCCAACUUCCUCCCCCGCCUACACGUCAGCCCCAUCCUCUACUCCAGCCCCACCCGAUCUAACUCCCCAGACCCCACCUCGGACCCCCCGCCUCCGUCUCCGGCGAUCGGACGACCCGAACGGCCCUCCCACUUGGCAAUCUUCCCUGUUUCCUCUCCGGACUGUCAACCGGACUGUCCAGUAUUGGCCAUUCUCUGCAUCUGAUCUUUAUAAUUGGAAAACUCAUAACCCUUCCUUUUCCCAAGAACCCCAGGCCCUAACCUCACUGAUAGAAUCUAUCCUCCUCACACACCAGCCUACUUGGGACGACUGUCAGCAGCUCUUACAGGUCCUUUUGACUACCGAGGAAAGGCAACGAGUUCUCCUAGAGGCCCGGAAAAAUGUGCCGGGGCCUGGAGGUCUUCCAACUCAGCUCCCCAACGAAAUAGAUGAGGGGUUUCCCCUCACCCGCCCGGACUGGGACUAUGAAACGGCUCCAGGCUCUUCACAGGGACCUGACUGACUUCCGGACCCAACAUCCAGAAGUAACUCUACUCCAAUAUGUGGAUGACCUUCUUCUAGCCGCCCCCACAAAGGAAGCCUGCAUACUAGGUACCAGACAUCUGCUCCGGGAAUUAGGAGAAAAAGGAUACCGGGCAUCCGCCAAGAAGGCCCAAAUUUGCCAAACCAAGGCCCUCCUACUGGACACGGACCGCGUCCAAUUUGGCCCUCCGGUUACCUUAAACCCUGCCACGUUGCUGCCGGCGCCAGAAGACCAACCGAGCACACACGAUUGCCGGCAGGUACUGGCUGAGACCCAUGGAACACGGGAAGACCUUAAAGAUCAAGAGCUCCCGGAUGCGGAUCACUCUUGGUAUACGGACGGGAGCAGUUACAUCGACUCAGGUACCCGAAGGGCGGGAGCGGCGGUAGUAGAUGGCCACCACAUCAUAUGGGCACAACCACUACCUCCUGGUACGUCUGCGCAAAAGGCUGAGCUAAUAGCGCUCACCAAGGCCCUAGAACUAUCCGAAGGGAAAAAGGCUAACAUAUACACAGAUAGCCGAUAUGCCUUUGCAACGGCUCAUACACAUGGGAGUAUUUAUGAAAGAAGGGGCCUACUAACCUCAGAAGGAAAAGAAAUUAAAAACAAAGCUGAAAUAAUUGCAUUGUUAAAGGCCCUUUUUCUUCCCCGAAAAGUAGCCAUAAUUCAUGGCCCCGGGCAUCAGAAAGGACAAGACCCAAUUGCAAUAGGAAAUAGACAGGCAGACCAAGUGGCCAGGCAAGUCGCUGUGGCAGAAACGUUGACCCUGGCCACAAAACCCGAAGAGACCAAUCUUACAACCAUCAUACAUACUUAUACCCCAGAAGACCAGGAGGAAGCAAAGGCCAUAGGGGCUAUACAGAAUCAAAACACUAAAGACUGGGAAAAAGAAGGAAAGAUAGUCCUUCCCCAAAAAGAAGCCAUGGCAAUGAUCCAACAAAUGCACGCCUGGACACACUUUAGUCGGAAGCUGAAGUUACUGAUUGAAAAAACUGACUUCUUAAUCCCUAAGGCAAGUACCCUCAUAGAACAGGUGACCUCCGCCUGUAAGGUCUGUCAACAGGUAAACGCUGGGGCUACCCGAGUGCCAGAAGGGAGACGGACUCGUGGUAACCGCCCGGGAGUCUAUUGGGAAAUAGACUUUACUGAAGUAAAGCCUCACUAUGCGGGAUAUAAGUACCUACUAGUGUUUGUAGACACCUUUUCAGGAUGGGUAGAAGCCUACCCCACCCGACGAGAAACGGCACACAUGGUAGCCAAGAAAAUUUUAGAAGAAAUCUUCCCCAGAUUUGGACUUCCCAAGGUAAUUGGGUCAGAUAACGGGCCGGCCUUCGUUUCCCAGGUAGGAGACUCCGUGUACGUCCGGCGGCACCGCUCUCAAGGAUUGGAGCCUCGCUGGAAGGGACCUUACCUCGUCCUGCUGACCACGCCCACUGCCAUAAAGGUUGACGGGAUCGCCACCUGGAUUCAUGCAUCGCACGCCAAGGUAGCCCCAAGGACCCCUGGACCGGAAACUCCUGAAACCUGGAAGCUCCACCGUUCGGAGGACCCUCUUAAGAUAAGACUCUCCCGUGUCUGA